AUGAUUUUAGAUUUUGCAAAUCAAGGAAAUUUGAGAAGUUUUCUUUCAAGUAAUUUCAAUAAAAUUUUAUGGAAGGAUAAAAUUAAGUAUUUGUUUUGGAUAAUAAGUAACCUUGAUGAUUUACAUGAUUUAGGGUAUUUUCAUAAAGAUUUUCAUAGUGGAAAUAUAUUACAAGUUAAUAACGAAUCCCACAUAUCAGAUUUUGGAUUAUCAGGAUCAUCAAAUAAACAGAAAUCAGAUAAUAAUAAAAUAUGUGGAGUACUACCAUAUAUUGCCCCAGAAGUUUUGAAUAAAGAACCAUAUACAUUAUCUUCAGAUAUUUAUAGUUUUGGCGUAAUUAUGGCUGAAUUAUCUUCUGGAAAACCACCUUUUUAUGAAAGAAAACAUGAUAUUAGCUUAGCAUUAGAAAUAUGUAAUGGAUUCAGACCAGAAUUUGGAAAAGGAACUCCUGAAAUUUAUAAAAAACUAGCAUAUAAAUGUAUGAAUGCUAAUUCAAAUCAAAGACCAACAGCUGUAGAAUUAUAUGAUAUAAUAAGUUUUUGGAAUAAUUCUUUUGAUGAAUAUUACCAAGAAAAAGAAAAUUUUGGUUAUAAAGAAAAAGAGAUUAAGGCUAUAUUUGAAGAAGCUGAUAAAGAAAUACCAAAUAUUUCUACUUCAUAUAAAAAAAAUUCUGAUGCAAUAUAUACUAGUAGAGUAUUCACAUUUAACAAUUUACCAAAACCUGUUAAUUCAUCUAUUAUUACUUCAUAUCUUGAUGAUAAUGAAGAUUGUCAAGAUUCACAAUUAUUUGACUUAGAAAUAUCAGUUGAUAUUCCUCAUCAAGCUAAUGUUAAUAGUGGAAGUAUAAAUUCUAGUUGAAAAAAUUAUUGCAGCCCUAGAUCUGUAAUGCAAAUAGUUAAAUAAUACCUGUAAGAACACAUUCAUAUAUGACUCUGAGGCUUGAAAAGAAAAAAUUUAGAUAUUUUUGUUUUUAAAUGUUUUCUUGUUAUUUCUGUAUAAUUAAUCAUUCAUUAUUUCUAGAUUAUUUUAAGAUAUUGGUACUUUUACAAUUUCAAGGUCAUUUUCAUUUUUCAUUAUCUUUAAUCGUUUGGUG